AGGCCACGUGGGCUCGGGCAGCCCCCCCCCCGCCCGCCGCGCGCGCCCCAAGGGGCCCCCCGGCGCCGGCCAUGUCGUUCGACCGGCUGGGCGUGGACAGCCUGCUCCAGGUGCUCCACUUCUCCGGCGCCAGGAGCCUCGCGCGGGUCGCGUGCGGCAGCCGCUUCGGCUUCGUCGUCGCGCACGAGGCACAGCAGAACCCCGCGCUGCUGGUGCUGAAGGGCAGGCCCGACGACGUGGCGCGGGAGCUGCGCGAGAGGCUCGCGUCGCGCCCGACGGUGGCCUUCCUGCAGUACAGCGGAAGGACCGAGGCCGCGCUGCAGUUCGCGAGGAGCAACCUGCCCCCCGACACCGAGGUGCUGGGCGCCAACACGCGCUCACUGCUGUGCGCCGUGGAGAGCACCGCCGCGCGCGGCCGCCCGGGCACCUCUGUGGAGGUUGACCACGGCAGUGACCAGAUCGGGCUGCUCCUGGCGACGCUGCCAGAGGCGAAAGCUCGCGCUUUCCUGGUCGCUCCUCCGUCGAGCGCCCGCGCGGCUGCCCGCGCGGCUGCGGCCGAGGGGUGACGGUGCCAGCGGAGUUCAAGGUCCACGGGCUGGGUGGUCGCCUAAGCCAGGCGAACAGUCCAAGCUUCGAGUGAGAGGCUUGAUGUCGGCCGUUUCCGGCGAUGAGG